AUGGUUUUCUUAUUGUUUAUUUUUAUCGUUGGGCUGAAUAGUGGAUUAAUUUACUCAUACAAUCUGUCCGCCUAUUAUGAAACGUACGACGCCUCGGUUUACGAUUAUCCUUUCGUCGCGUUGGUCAUCACGGCCAAAGGUCUGGGCUGCACGGCGGUGAUUAUCACACGGUUUUGGCUGAUAUCGUCAGCUAGCUGUAUCGGUAGCGUCAAAUACGCGAAAAGGAUACGGAUCAUCGCCGGGGUAGACAACCUGGAUUCAUCUCCGGCGAUGAUAAACGACAGUUUGCACAGGAACGUCAUACAGGCGAGGAAAGGUAUGAAAGCUUUCAAUCACCCACACUACAAGGAUGGAAAACUGAUGCAGCACGAUAUCAGUCUUAUACGAAUUGCAAGGUCAUUCAAAACGACUAAAACUGUCAAACCUUUGGGCCUAAAACCUGAAUUCUGGCCGCCCGAAGAACUGAAGGUGUGCGUCGUCGUCGGUUGGCUCGUGAAGAUAGGGACGAAAAACUUCAAACGCAGGCUCCAGUAUUUCUACGCCUACGCCAAAUUCGGUCAUUACUCAUGCCCGUGUAUUAACGAGGGGCGGAACAUUAGGUCCAUAUGCCUGGAAAGAGACGGCGGCGGCCUUUGUCCAGGUGAUGCCGGAGCAGCUCUCGUCUGCGACGGUGCGAUCGUCGGCCUCAGCCACGCUCUCAUCGACACAAAGUGCAUGUUCACACAAGCUGAAAUGUUCAGAGAUUGCCAGAAGUUCGGCUUCGCCACCGCUUUCACAGACAUCUGCUACAUGCUGCCUUGGAUCGACUCCCUGGAUAAAAUUUCCGGCAUCCUGCCUCAACAGUGUGUCCUCACUCCUUUUUAUAUGGGAGAGACAACAAAGAUUUUUGUUAUUUUAGUAAUUGUAUUUCUAUUUUCUGUGUCGUACGCUUACUCGGCUAUGUAAAUAACACUAUGUCGACUAGUGAGUAUAAAGUUACCCAUUUGGAUGAACAAAAAGAUGAAGCAAGCAUAUUGUGACACUCCAGCGUGGUUGGACAACCACCAUACUACUCAAUGGCAUCCAGCUGUGAUAGGAUUCUUGCUAUUGCAGAACCAUCGACCUCAGCCUUUUAUUUCAUGUACACAUCUGAUUUGAACAGAGCAAAGAUGUAAUGUCAAAUUAAUCAAGUCUACUUUUCUUUUUUACUAUAUAAACUUGCCAAAAUAUUGCAAUAUAUAAAGUGAAAAUUCGAACAGAAAUAAAAACACU